AUGUCGUCGCAGUAUUCACCCAAAGAUGGGUCAGUGCCUACCCCGCCCGGGUCCCCGGGGCUGCAGUCCGCGGGGCCCGGCGGAGGGCCCACCGGCCCUGGCGUAGUCAAACGAUAUGACAACAUCAUCAAAUCGCCAGAGGAUAAAAGAAAUUACAGAGGCCUAGUGCUGUCAAACCGUUUACGAGUGAUGUUGGUUAGCGAUUUGAGCACAGACAAGUCAGCGGCAGCUUUAGAUGUUAAUGUCGGAUACCUAAGUGACCCCGAAGAGUUGCCAGGCCUAGCACAUUUCUGUGAACACAUGCUGUUUCUAGGCACUAAGAAAUAUCCUGAGGAGAACGAAUAUAAUAAGUUCCUAUCCGAACACGGCGGUUCGUCCAACGCGUCGACGUCAUCAGACCACACGACAUACUAUUUUGAUGUGCUACCUGAACAUCUGAAUAAGGCUUUAGAUAUUUUCGCCCAAUUCUUCAUAUCUCCCCUGUUCACGGAGUCGGCGACAGGUCGUGAGCUGAGCGCUGUGCACUUGGAACAUGAGAAGAAUACGUCCUCAGACACCUGGAGACUGGACCAGCUCAACAAGAGCACUGCGUCACCAACACAUCCGUUCCACAAGUUUGGUACAGGUAACAGAGAGACCCUAGAAACGAUACCGAAAUCAAAAGGCAUAGACGUCAGAAAAGAGUUGCUGAAGUUUCAUGAAAAAUGGUACUCGGCUAACAUAAUGACGCUUGUCGUUUUGGGGAAAGAAUCUUUAGAUGACCUAGAAGCAAUAGUAGUGCCGUUAUUCUCGGAGGUUCAAGACACGUCCGUCACUCCCCCCUCCUGGCCGGAACACCCGUUUCCGCCGGAACUGAGGAGGAAACGAGCAUACUGUUUUCCGGUCAAAGAUCUGCGGUCGUUGUCUAUAGACUUCCCAAUACCGGAUACUAGGAAACAUUAUAAAAGUGGACCCGGGCACUAUCUAUCCCACCUACUAGGCCACGAGGGACCCGGCAGUCUACUGUCAGCCCUCAAAGAACGAGGGUGGUGUAAUAGUUUAGUAGGCGGUACUCGUAUUGGCGCGAGAGGGUUCGGGUUCUUCGGAGUACAAGUGGACCUCACGGAGGAAGGAGUCACUCACAUCGAUGAUAUCAUUAAACUGGUGUUCCAGUACAUAUCAAUGUUAAAAGCGGAAGGUCCGAAGCUUUGGGUGUGGGAGGAGCAGAGGGACCUGAUGGCGCUGGAGUUCAGGUUCAAAGACGCCAUGGAACCGCGCGGCGUCGUCACUGGACACGUACAUCUGUUGCAGGAAUUUCCAAUGGAGGAUGUCCUGUGUGCGUACUACGUGAUGACGGAGUGGAAGCCGGAGUUGAUAGAUAACCUACUGUCUCUGCUUACACCGGAGAACGUACGCGUCGGGAUUGUUGCCAAAGUAUUCGGUGACAAAUGUACGAUGACAGAGCCCUGGUAUGGUACUAAAUAUCUACAGGAAGACAUCGAAGAUGCUAAAAUACAGGAAUGGAAGUCGGUACAGCCAACGAAAGAGUUGCACCUACCGCCACCGAACGAGUUCAUACCAUCACGACUUACUUUGGAGAAGGGAGAGGACAGCACCGCUGACUCUAUAGCACCCGCUGUUAUAAAGGACACCCCGUUAAUGAGGUUAUGGUUCAAAAAAGACAACGAAUUCCAUUUGCCGAAAGCUGUGAUGACCUUCGAUUUAGUCAGUCCCCUAGCGUACGCCGAUCCCCUAAGCUGCAACCUAACAUCAGUAUGGGUCCUCCUACUAAGGGACAGCCUGCAACAGUUUGCAUACGCGGCGGAACUAGCCGGACUGCGAUGGAGUAUCGGGAACGCGAAAUAUGGAAUCAGUGUAACGAUCGACGGAUACGAUGACAAGCAAAACGUUCUUCUAGACAAAAUAGUGGACCAUAUGAUCAACUUUACUGCUGACCCCAAACGGUUUCAUAUCAUGAAGGAGAAUCAUGUUCGGGCGAUACGGAAUUUUGAAGCCGAACAACCAUAUCAGCACGCAGUCUAUCAACAAGCUCUUUGCUUGGCAGAUGUGGUCUGGACAAGAUGUCAACUAUUGGAAGCUGCUGAAGAUAUGACUGCAGAAAUGUUGACGGAUUUUGCAUCUCGUUUGAUACGGAAGGUGCAUAUAGAAGGGUUCAUGUAUGGCAACCUCAGCAGGGACAGGGCGCUGCAUAUAGCUGAAUGUAUGGAGAAAAAAUUACCGAAAGAUGGGACGCCGCUAUGUGCCCAGCAGUUAUUGUUACACAGAGAAAUUGAAAUCGAAAAAGGCGCCUGGCACCUCCGCGAGACGACGAACAGCGUGCACCGUUCGUCGUGCGCGUCGCUGUACUACUCGUGCGGCGUGCGCCAGUGUCGGACCAACGUCACGCUCGAACUGCUCGCGCAUACACUCGCCGAGCCCUGCUUCAGCAUGCUUAGGACUAAGGAGCAACUAGGCUACAUAGUGUUCAGUGGACUGCGUCGCUCCAAUGGAGUGCAGGGGUUCAGGGUCAUAGUCCAGAGCGACAGGCAUCCAGAGUACCUGGAGGAGAGGAUAGAGAACUUCCUGCAGGGGUCGCUGGAAUACCUACAAAAUAUGUCAGAUGUGGAGUUCUCGAAGCAUAGGGCUGCGCUAGCGGCUCAGAAGCUGGAGAAACCGAAGCGUAUGUCCAGUAGGGCCUCGCUUAUGUGGAGCGAGAUCACUGCACAGGUGUACAACUUCGACCGGCCGAGGGUUGAGGUGGAACAGCUGAACACAGUCACUAAAGAAGAAUUGAUACAGUUUUAUAAGCGUCACAUAUCCGCGGACUCGCCAGACCGACAGAAGCUGUCAGUGUACAUAGUGUCGACGGCAGAGGGCGGCGCUGGGCACGGCGCGGUCAGUAAGGAGAGCGAAGAAAAUGAUAACCCACCCGCCUGCGGCAGUGACAGUGAGGAUCAGAAGAUUAAGAAGCCAACGAAAAUUGUAGAUUUGGUAGACUUUAAAUGCCGUAGGAAGUUAUAUCCGCACCCUUCACCGUUCAUCAAUAUACCGCGGAAAGGGUCGCAAUGUAAACUAUAA